AUGGAGGCAAAGCGGUACCUUGGCUGCGCCCGCGCCUUGCCUGGUGGCGGAGGAGACACGAGCUGCUACUAGAGAGAGAAUCCAACUGACCGCGUUCAGCCGCUGUAGCUGUCGGUCGACGUCUCCUGCACAGAAUUGAUGAUGCCACUUCUUCACACGGCCGUUUUCACCUCAUCCAUUUUAGGAUUCUAUUCACACAUUCGGAUUCUUCUCCGAACCUUGGAAUAUAGAUGAUUAGCGUGGCAUAGAUUUUUCUCUUUUCUCCUCCUUCCCUUCCCCUUAUUUUUAUGUAAAGGAGAGAAAGGGAAGAGCAAAAUUCGGGACAGCCUGUUUUCAUAGACUAUAGACUGUAUUUUCAACAUCUCCAAACGCAUGCUCUCUUGCUCACGCCCCAACCUGAGCACCACGGCUUCUUGCUUUGAGAGAGAGAGAAGAAAACUAAAAUCACUAAAUAUCAACAAAUGUGACUUAGGGUUAGGUUUUUAGGAAAGCCCUAUCGGCGACAUUUGAGGAUAAGCCAACAUAGAGGAGGCAUACGGCUGGAUUUGGCUAUUGCUCGUCUCUACUAUAGGCUAACAAACAUUGCGGAUGGUACUGAAAAUUAUUAAUUAUUAAGGAUUUUCGCCCGUUUUCUAUUCUCGGCUAUUUUUAUCUCCAACGAGGACAAGGCAACUGCAGAUCCUCUCAAGCUGAACUACUGGAGGAAAAGACGCAGUAUAUAUAUAAUGUAGGCUAGUUAUUUAGAAAUGAUUGUUAGAUUUAAUUCAUCACCUUGCUGUCAUCCAUAGCUUAUUAUUGCAUAGGAUUAGGGCUAAAUGUAUGGAUUUGUAUACCUAGUGAAAUGUACCACCGUGUUUGCAUGAGGAUUCUGUCCUCCUCCAAUGAAACACAUCAAGGAUGCCAUCCUCCUCUUUCAAUGAGAUAAAAAAAAGACAUUGACAUUUUUGAAAUUCAUUUUGGGAAUAGCUUCUUACAUCAUCAAUAGGCUAAGAUAGCGAUUUUUAACCACGAAUUGCUCUCGCCUGGAACAACAAACCACACCACCACCUCUCUCUCUCCCACAUCACCCACCCGUUCUCCAUUUCCACUCUAAGCACACACAGCGAGAGAAGUGAGGCCACCGUUUGCUCUCUCCUCAGCUCUCCUCUGUGCUCUAGCUCUCUCUCCUCUCCUCAGCUCCCCCCCCCUCUCUCCAAUGGAGGUGUCUUGGCCGUGAAGACCUGCUAGAGUGAGAGAGUAUUGUAGACCUAUAGACUAACAGACAGACCGACAGAGCGACAGAAAGACCCACUGCCACCUAUAGGUUCUGCAUGUGUGUUUCCUCCGGAGAUCGAUGGGGUGUAAUGUGGAACGAUCACUGUGACUAUCCUCUCUGGUUCUUAACGAUCGCCGUCUGGUCUCCCCACUCCCUACAGAAUGGCACGCUUCGGUGACGAGGUGCCGAACCGAGGAGGUGGAGGAGGCGGAGGUGGAAGUGGAGGCGGUGGCAAUGCCGGUCCUCUGGGGGCCCCUGGCCGUGGCGGGAGCCGGCAAGGCGGACCCCCGGGGGGCCAGCGUGUGUACAAGCAGUCGAUGGCCCAGCGGGCCCGGACUAUGGCUCUGUACAACCCGAUCCCGGUCCGACAAAGCUGCUUUACACUCAACCGCUCUCUCUUCAUCUUCAGUGAGGACAACUUUGUGAGAAAAGCUGCCAAAAAGAUUACUGAAUGGCCUCCUUUUGAAUGGAUGAUUUUGGCAACCAUCAUAGCUAACUGUAUCGUCCUGGCUCUGGAACAGCAUUUACCUGAGAAUGACAAAACUCCUCUUUCUGAGAGACUGGAUGAUACAGAGCCCUACUUCAUAGCCAUCUUCUGUUUUGAGUCAGGUAUAAAGAUUCUGGCUCUGGGCUUUGCCCUCCAUAAGGGCUCCUACCUGAGGAAUGGAUGGAACGCUAUGGACUUUGUAGUAGUGCUCACUGG